GUUUCAUUUUAUAAAUAGUGCUCGACUAUAGCACACGUUUUAUUUUUUUUUUUCUAUUUUUGAAUUUUUUAUUUCAUUAUUUGGCAAAAAGUAUUGUAAAAAUCGUAAAAAGUGAUAGUGUAUAAAUCUCAAUUGGUAAUCGGUGUAAGCCAAAUUAAGUAUCGCGUUCAAAUGACUCAAAAUCUAAAAGAAUUAGAACAAGAGCUGCAGUUGCCGCCGCCGUUGCCGCAGUCGCCACCGCCGCAGCAGCAGCAGCAACAACAACAACAACAAAAGCUACUACAGCAAAACGGGCAAAGCGACGAUGAGGGCCAACAACCAGUACAACCCAAACAGGAGCAACAACAAGAGCAACAACCACCAGAACCACCAGAACCACCAGAACAACAGCCGCAACAAAAGGAAAAUAAACAACAAAAACAGCAAGCGAAGAACAAAAUAUUCUCGAGCGAUGCCGAAUUGUUGCGCGAUUUGGCGAAAUCGCAGCCACAGCAAACGCCUCAAUCGCCGCACGAGAAACGCAUCGGCCUCAUCGCAGCUAUGGGCCACUUUCGCCCAAAGAAUGCCACGCCCAUACAGUUCUAUAACUAUGUAAGGGAGUUCUGCAUAAUGCACAAUUGCAGCAUCGACGAGGCCAUGGAACGGGCACCCGAUGCCUGGACGAAGCUCAGCAAAGAUCAAAGGAAACUCUACAAUUCGGAAAUGCACGCCGCUCUGCCCAUUCCCGUGCCGCGCCACCUCAUCUAUAGGGCAUUUCAGAUGGAGCGCGCCGGUCGCUGGAAGAUCAGCUGCGCACCCGCCGCGAACGGCACGACCACGCUGUACUCGAUGGAAUCGUAUUCGCCGCCGGUGAAGCCCACCAAGCUGCAGGCGCGCCUGAAGGCGCAGCAGCCGCGCUACGAUAAUCUCGCCGAGAUUGUGCCCUGCAUCCCGGAGUCGCCGCGCACGCACCCGACAUCGCCUUCGGGCAGCUCGCCGAAGGCAAAGGCGUCGCCCGAUCAGCGGGAGAAGCGCGAGAAAACAACGCUGACGCUGCGCGAGCUGCUCUCCGAGCCGAACCUGAAGGGACUGCGCAAGGCUCGGGGGGUCGGCAAGGCGGCGCCAGCGGCGCCGGCCAGCACACAGAAGCAGCAGCAGCCGGCGCAGCGCCCGACGCCGGCAAAGUGCAAGAGCAAAAAGCUGCUGAACACGUCGUCCGUGAAGAAGAAGCAGCAGCCAGAGCCAGAUCAGCUGAAGCCGCCGCAGAAGCCCCACCGUCCAGAAGCCGAGCAGACGUCGGCACGCUCGAAGCUGCCAGCCAUUGGCAAGCGAAAGCACACACUCAGUAAGAAAUCGAAAUCCAAAUCCUAAGUGAGCCUGGCCAGAGCGCCAGGCGAAUUUCUCAAUCACCAAGUUAAGAUACAUCCUCAUCCUCAACGUUCACGAUUACAAACAGCAUGCAUGAUAAACAAAAAACAAAACAAAAAAAAAAGUACAAAAAAACAAAUGGAAGGGAAAGAGAGUACACGCUCACACAGAUACACACUCACUCUCACAGCCACACAGUGCCCUGAUCUACAGGACUACAGACUCAGAUCUCUGCACACGUAUACACACUAACACACUCAGCCUUACAUCUAAUUGAUUAACCGGCUUAUCGGAAUCGUUAUAAUGUUGUUUAAUCAUACACGCACAUAUAAAUAUCGAUACACAUAGAGAGAGAUGUGUUUAUCGAUAAUCGACAAUUUUCUUCAACUUCAACUUGCUGCUGCCCUACGUAUGAUAUCGACACUCAACACAGACAUUAGUAUAGCUCGAUCAGUGAAUGAAGAACACGAAUGUUAACUACCCUGAAGCGCAAACACGUAUAGAUAGAUGAUUGUCAUUGUAUUCGUAUUAUUAUUGUUAACCUAUGCAGCGUUUGUACCAGAAUCAGCAUGAGCGAAAAUACCAAAUAAAUGUGUACUUGAAUGUUGAAA